ACGCAGCUCGCGGCCUCCCGGCAGCGGCUCCGAGGCUGGGCGGCUCCGCUCCGCCUCCGUCGCCGCCUGCGCGCUGCGCCAGGCCCGCCAGGCCAGGCCGAGGGCAGCCGCCGAGUGAGGGACGCGAGCAGCCAUGGCCGAAGCGGCGCCCGCCCGGGCUCCAGAGAGGGAUAAGCAGACAGAAGACGAAAGCCCUUCGACACCUCCUCUGUCACCCCCAGCAGCCACGGAGAACUCUUACCUGUACUCCACGGAGAUCACACUGUGGACGGUGGUGGCCGCCAUCCAGGCCUUGGAGAAGAAGGUGGACUCCUGCCUGGCCCGCUUGCUGACCCUGGAGGGGCGGGCGGGGACAGCUGAGAAGAAGCUGCUGGACUGCGAGAAGACGGCCGUGGAGUUCGGGAACCAGCUGGAGGGCAAGUGGGCCGUGCUGGGGACCCUGCUGCAGGAGUACGGGCUGCUGCAGAGGCGGCUGGAGAACAUGGAAAACCUGCUGAGGAACCGAAAUUUCUGGAUUUUGCGCCUGCCCCCAGGCAGCAAGGGGGAGGCCCCCAAGGUGCCUGUGACCUUUGAUGACGUGGCCGUGUAUUUCUCUGAGCCAGAGUGGGGCAAGCUGGACGAGUGGCAGAAGGAGCUCUACAAGCACGUGAUGCGGGGCAACUACGAGAUGCUGGUGUCCCUGGAUUAUGCCAUCUCCAAACCAGACAUCCUGACCCGGAUGGAGAGGGGAGAGGAGCCUUGUCCUGGAGGCCCGUGGGGCCAGGAGGAGGGAAGCAGGAGGGAGGUAGCCCAGCCAAGGAGGCCAAGCCCUGGCGUCCCUCCACGUCCAGAGCACAACCUCGGCCCCGUCAGCCCUGCCCGGGAAGAACCAAAAGAAGAGCAGGUCACCAGGCGCCAGCAAGACUCCGAGACGAGAGUGACCGUCCCUGGAGCAAGCACGGGUGAGCGAGGGCCGCCGGGCCGCCGUGUGAAGAGCAUCUUGACACACGACCAGACAGGGCCUCCAGCCGCGGUUAAACAGGAGCAAGAAUUUUCAGGUGGGGAGUUUCCAACAUCCCCUCCCGGGGAGAGGCUGCCCGGCAUGGGGCCAGGCGGUGGCAGCGUGCUCAUCAAGACAGAGGCCCAGUCCGAGGACGAGAUGAUACCCGAGCAGCUCUUCCUGGGCGAGUCCCACAGCCAGCCCAUGUAUAGGAUGGCCAAGGGGCCCAGGAGCAGGACCGAGGGCCCCUGUCGGCUGCGUGCCGCAGGGGUGCCACGGGUGCGGGUGGGGGACCCGCGGGCCCCGGGAGCUCUGGGGGAGCCGCCCCGCAUCCUCCCUCGCAGGCGAGAGCGGACCUUCCCCUGCCCUGACUGUGGGCAGAGUUUCCGCUUGAAGAUUAACCUGACCAUUCACCAGCGGACGCACGUGGAGGAGGAGCCCAGGGAGACUCCGGGGAGCUCGCCCCCUGGCUGGGGGGAGGCCCCCUCCACUCUGGAGCCGGGCGAGGUGGUGGUGCCGGGCCCAGUCAUCCGCUGGCUCCCUGAGGAGCCCGGAGGCCGCCGCUCCCUGGCGGGCCGCUCCCUCCUGGCGCGGCGGCCGGCGGCGGCGGCGGGCAAGGUGUACCACUGCAGCGAGUGCCUGCGCUUCUUCCAGCAGCGGAAGAGUCUGCUGCUGCACCAGCGCCUGCACACGGGCACCAGCCAGGGCUGGCCGGCCUGUCCCUACUGCGGCAAGGCCUUCCGCCGGCCCUCCGACCUCUUCCGCCACCAGCGCAUCCACACGGGCGAGCGGCCCUACCAGUGCCCUCAGUGCGGCCGCGCCUUCAACCGGAACCACCACCUGGCGGUCCACAUGCAGACUCACACCCGAGGCCAGGCGGGCCCGCCCUGCCCCACUUCCCUGGCCCUCCCCCGGACGCCCCCGCGACCCCGGCCCAGCCACAGUGAGGAGGGCUGAGCGGCCAGGAGCCUGUAGGGGCACCCUCCGGCUCUCCGGGGCACCCCCAGCAGGACUCCUGUCUGCCUUCGGGCCUUUUCCCCGGUGCCUGGCGCUGGUUCCUCGUUCUGGACUAGUUCUGGAAUAGCUUUGGAGAGAGCUUUUUUCCAUUCAGAUGGGAAGCAGUGGCCUUUUUGGUAACUGUGUGUGUAUGACCAGAUGCCUCAACUUCCUGUUUUCUGAGUUUGUCACUCUUCGCUGCCUUUUCUACAUUCCUGACUUAGAAAGGAUCCCUUAAAGCAUACAGGAUGCCGACUUUUGGUGAGAGACUGUGGCGGGUAUCUGAGACCGGCACUGGAGAUAGUGGCCCUUCCAGUAGCGGGCGAUGGAGACACGGAGGGCCUGCUGUUCCUAAUGUACACAGAGGUCACAGCAGAGUGGACAGUUUGAAGAAUAGGCGCUGGAAAUUUGAGUUUUCCUACUGUGUUAUUUUGAAAUCUUUUUUUCCCUUCCUUA